AUGCAGUUUGAGGACCUUCCCAUAAUGUGCAAGCGCCACACGACAUCCAAAUUGUCUGCGUUUGAAGAUUUGCAGCGCAUCAAGUCCAUGGGGUUUCGAGGUGAGGCUCUCGCUAGCAUGACCCAUGUCGCUCACGUUAUUGUCACUAUCAUUACCCAAGGCCAAUCCCCGGUUACAGGGUUUCCUAUGGAGAUGGCAACUUUACAACGGAAAGGAAGCCAAGCUGAAGAAGGAAUGUUGCAACGCUUAAGAAAGAAGCAAGAACAGUUAUCGUUUGACAGAAGUCGGAAAUUUCUGGAAUAUUCUCAAAGAGAUGAACUUGAGCGUGUUUUCGGUCGAUUUGGACAUGGUCAUGUUCAGCUAAAGAGAGAUGGAUAUGGCUUUGUAGUGUUUGAUUUUCCUCCGGAUGCGGAAAAGGCUCUGCGAGUUCUGAAAGGGAUGGUAGAAGAAAUGCGAAUGAGUGAGUUGCAACUUGGGAGGAACUCUGGUAGAGUUGGCUUUGCAAGAAGGAAAGGUGAGGAUAUCCAUGGAUCAGCCUCGACCAUGAAAACACUUCCAAAUGUUACCCAAAUUCAUACAAACCUUAAUCCCAAUCCUCUAAAAUCAUACAAAUUCAUGGAAAAGGAAUUGAUUUGGUUGAAAUGCAAGGCGAAGCUGAAAGGUGGAUUUUAUGUCGAUCCAGAGGCUAAACUGUUGUUUAUUAUUCGCAUUCUUGGUAUUAAUGGCAUGCGCCCGAAGACCAGAAAGAUCUUGCAGCUGUUGCGAUUGAGACAGAUUUUCAAUGGUGUAUUUCUCUUAGUUAACAAAGCCAUAAAGAACAUGCUGCACCGAGUUGAGCCUUAUGUGACUUAUGGAAACCCAAAUCUGAAGAGUGUGAGGGAACUUAUAUUCAAGAGAGGGUAUGGAAAGUUAACAGGGCAUGGAGCAACAAAAUUUUACUGCAGAUGA